GGCUGCAGAGACUCCAGCAAAUGGCAAAGGGGCGAUCAGAUCCCUGCUGCCGCCUCCUGGGACGGAGCCCUGAGGAGCCUUAAAGAGGCCCCAUGCUUCCGCCCCCCUGGCUGCCCCUACAGCUCCCUCCAUGCACUGAAGCCCAAGGCUGGGCAGCAGCCUCUCUCCUUGGACCUCCACUGGGCCCUGGAGGGACCAAGCAGAGCCUCUGGGACCAUGGUUGGACUGAAACCUUCAGAGAGGCCCCCCACAACGGCUGUGAAGUUCCUGGGGGCGGGCACGGCGGCCUGCUUUGCUGACCUCCUCACCUUUCCACUGGACACAGCCAAGGUCCGCCUGCAGAUCCAGGGGGAGAACCAGGCGGCCCAGGCGGCCCGGAGUGCCCAGUACCGUGGGGUGCUGGGCACCAUCCUGACCAUGGUGCGCACCGAGGGCCCCCGCAGCCUCUACAGCGGGCUGGUUGCCGGCCUGCAGCGCCAGAUGAGCUUCGCCUCCAUCCGCAUCGGCCUCUACGACUCUGUCAAGCAGUUCUACACCCCCAAGGGAUCAGACCACUCCAGCAUCAUUACCCGGAUUUUGGCGGGCUGCACCACGGGGGCCAUGGCAGUGACCUGUGCCCAGCCCACAGACGUGGUAAAGAUCCGCUUUCAGGCCAGCAUGCAUACUGGGCCGGGGAGCAACAGGAAGUACAGUGGGACAAUGGAUGCCUACAGGACCAUCGCCAGGGAGGAAGGGGUUCGGGGCCUGUGGAAAGGAAUUCUGCCCAACAUCACGAGGAAUGCCAUUGUCAACUGUGGUGAGAUGGUGACCUACGACAUCAUCAAGGAGAAGAUACUAGACUACCACCUGCUCACUGACAACUUCCCCUGCCACUUUGUCUCUGCCUUUGGAGCUGGCUUCUGUGCCACCCUGGUGGCCUCCCCAGUGGAUGUGGUGAAGACGCGGUAUAUGAACUCACCCCCAGGCCAGUACCACAGCCCCUUCAACUGUAUGCUGAAGAUGGUGACCCAGGAGGGCCCCACAGCCUUCUACAAGGGAUUUACACCCUCCUUUUUGCGUUUGGGAUCCUGGAAUGUGGUGAUGUUCGUCAGCUACGAGCAGAUGAAACGGGCCUUGAUGAAAGUCCAGAUGCUACGAGACUCUCCAUUUUGAUAAGACAAGGCUACUUUGUAUUUAACUAGGACAAAACCAGUUAAGGUUGGAAUAAAGCAGUGGGUCCAUGCCACAGGGACACAGACCCACACAUGUUUGUUUACGGAACUGUUUACUUGAUGAUGACUCAAGAGACAGAAGAGGAGGAAGGAUUGUGGUCUUCAGUGCUUUGUCUUAAGAACACCUUUGUUUUGCACUGACAAGAUGGAAAAUAAAUUAUAUUAAUUUGUGAAAUCCAUCAGGUUGAAUGCCUAACAUUUAGGCAAGGAAAAAAAACCAAAACAGAUCUAUUUGGGUAAAACGGAAGUUUGCAUACUUAUAUCCCCUGGAAGAUCUGAUUAGAUGAUGAAUUAUAAACAGGAAAGACUGCAAGCAUGGAACAAGAGUGGCACGCAUUUACCUUGGAAAUCAGCUAAGGAGUCUAGUGGGACACCACCAAAGCAACGCAAAGACUUCUGACUGGAGCCUUGGGUUAGCCACAGAUCAUCAGCUGUAUUUGUUAUGUGUCCGCGUGUAGAAUCCAUUGGGAUUAUGGGAAAUGUAAGAAAGAAAACAAAAGAGAGAAAACCUAGAAACUGGGUCAAAGGAGCACGGCUGGGCCAGUGUGAGGCUGAGACCCAUAAAUGUUCGCUGACAACACUGGAGAACCAAGAGGGCAGCCUCAGUCUCCUUUCCUGUAAAAUGGGAGUAAUAAUCCCUUUCCUCCUACCUCCCUUGGGCUGUUUAUGAGGAUCAAGUGAGAAGCUGGGCAGAAAAGCACAUUACAAAAGCAAA